UUUUUGUUGGUAACAAGCGAUAUUUUUAGCAGAUAUGGCCUUCGUUGCUGGGUAGUACUUUGUUAGUUCACACACUUUUAGUAGCACUGGAAUUAUAAAAUGGCAUCUGGAGGAAUGUCGUGGCAAUAUUAUAACAACCAGCAGAAGUACCAACAUGGUACUUCAUUUGGAACCUCGGGUGAUGCACCAGCAAACACAGAUAUGAAAGACAUGCACUUAAAAAUGUCAAAGAAAAUAGCACAACUUACAAAGGUAAUUUAUGCGCUGAACACGAAGAAUGAUGAGCAUGAAGCUGCAAUGAAUGCUUUAAAAGACGCUCAUGAAGAAGAAACUCAACAAAUCUUGGCCGAAACUGCUGCAAAAAUUCAACAGUUCAGAAUUAAAAUAGGAAAUGACUUGGACCUACGAAAGUAA